UUUUGGUUGGGAUCGGUUUCCAACCCCUCUCAAGUGGAUUAAGGAGGCGUCAGAUCCUCUUUCUCCUCUUCAACCUGCUUCCUUCUCUGCAUCUCGACCGGUUGGAUUUUUCCAGACUUUAAAAUGAGCCAAACCUCAAACACCGGCGUCCUCUUUGUCCCUCAGCUUUGUCCGGAUCUUCGUGGUUCGUUGCCGAUCCGGUGACUCCCGUUGAGGUGUCUCCUGUACCGGCUCUCCUGAAGAGGUGCCCGGGUGUUCUAAUCUCAGGAACAGCCUGAUCGUUACCAAACUCCUCAUUAAGUUUUCAUGGAGGACCAGGUGCCAAAUGGGGCUCUGAGUGUCCGGCGGUUCGUCUGAUCUCUGGGAGGACGACCGAAGGUGUCAACGAUGGGAGGACAUGUGGGAAUAAGGGACAGGAUCUGAGGUGCGGAUUGGUUGGGUUGCCCGUCAUGGACCCUCCGAUGCUCCCGGUGGCCCGGCUGGAGGUGGACGUGGAUCUGGGGUUCGCCCUCUUCUUCUUCUUCCUGCUCUGCUUCUUCUUGCUGGUGACCAUCGUCCGAUGUGCUCAGAUGGUGUUGGAUCCAUACAGCUCCAUCUCUGUCACCACCUACCAGGAGGAACAAACUGAGGAGUGAUGGAAACCAGACCCAACCAACCACAGCAGCUUUUCAGCCGUUUCCUGUGACCGAGACCCGAUUUUAACGGUUC